ACCUUUGGGUGUAAAAAUUGACUUCGAUGGACUAAUCUCGAUCCAUCGAGUAUUUAAAGAGCUUUGUCGUCUUCUUCGUCUAGAAGAUGAAGUGAGCAGGCGAAGCGUGGAGCUGCGGCUUGCGCUUUGCGAAGGCUGUCUCUCAGCAAGUCAAGCCUGGUAUUAAUAUAUCGAAUACGCAAAUCCCCAAACAAACUAUGACGACUUGGCAAAAGCCUGAGGCCUUGACCACUGCAGAAACUUCCAAUUCCACAUUCCAUCACGAUCUACCAAGCGGUGUUUUCUAAAUAUAUAUAUUUGCAGCAGAUUGUUGACGAACUAUCCUCGUUUCAUCGUUCUUAUUUCUUACCCUUCUCUGCUCAAACCAAAAGUGUGAGAAAGUGAGAACUUCAGGAAACCGGAACUUUCGCGUUCCUUCUCAAGUCUUCUCCCCAGUUUCAAUCUCUCUUAGGGGGUCCGUUGUAGCUGACUCUGCUUCUUAAUUCUAUAGUUGUACGAUGGAGACGAGUAAUGGCAACCAUAAGUCCUCCUCUGUCAACGCCCGGGAUGAUGAAAUGACGGUGUUCCGGGGAAAACCAUCGUCGACGCUGCGCGAGAUAACAGCCCUCGCCAUAUGGUUGGGAGGUAUCCAUUUCAACGCUGUGCUGGUCAUAGCAACCAUCGUCUUCCUCCCCAAGUCUCUGGCUUUCGUGGUUUUUGGGCUUCUUGUAUUGCUUAUGGUAAUCCCGAUUAACGAGAAGAGCAAACCCGGACGAAGAUUAGCCAGGUUUAUUUGUAAGUACGCCUGUGGUUAUUUUCCGGCGACUCUUUAUGUGGAGGACAUUAAGGCAUUUAACCCAGAUCAAGCUUAUGUCUUUGGUUAUGAGCCACAUUCAGUUUUACCAAUUGGUGUUUUUUCUCUUGCCGACCUCACGGGUUUCAUGCCUCUAACAAAGAUAAAAGUCCUGGCUAGCAGCGCUGUUUUCCAUACACCUUUUGUGAGGCACAUAUGGACAUGGCUGGGGCUUACACCUGCAACAAGGAAGAAUUUUAAAUCACUUUUAGAAGCUGGCUAUAGUUGCAUUGUAAUCCCAGGUGGGGUGCAGGAGACAUUUCUUAUGAGACAUGAUUCUGAGAUUGCCUUCCUUAAGAAAAGAAAAGGAUUCGUUCGCCUAGCUAUGGAGGCAGGAUCACCUCUAGUUCCAGUUUUUUGCUUUGGUCAGUCAAAUGUUUACAAGUGGUGGAAGCCCAGUGGGAAGUUGAUCCAGCAACUUGCUAGAGUUCUCAAGUUCACCCCAGUUGUCUUCUGGGGAAUUUUUGGAUCACCUGUGCCAUAUCCACAUCCCAUGCAUAUUGUGGUGGGGAAACCGAUUGAGCUCAAGAGAAAUCCACAACCCACAACGGAAGAGGUCAAUGAAAUCCACAGCAAGUUUGUUGAAGCCAUGCUAGAGCUUUUUGAAAAGCACAAAGCUAUGGUUGGUCAAGCUGACCUCCAGUUGAAAAUUCUUUGAUAGAAGCCUUUCUUUAUGUUUCCUAGACUUCAAAUUCCAUGCAUGAGUAUGGUCAUCUGCCUGUAUUUGUAUGUAACGAUUGAGACAUUGAAUCAGAAGUCUUGACUUUCCCACA